UCAUUUUUAGAAUAUAAGUUAAAACUUAAAUUCUUUAAUUUCUGUGAAUCCUAUAGUUUCCAUACGAAAUGAAUAUUGAAAAUUAGGUUUACAUUGGGAUAUUUGUUAGUCACUGCAUUCAGAUUCAUUUCAAACAAAAAUAUAACCUUAAACAGAUUAAGACCAACAAGAAAAUAUAGAAAACCAUGGCAAAUUUAAAUAAAGCCUUUUUACAAACUUCAACACCAUUUCUUAUUGCUAAGCGAUUCCGAGGGAAGAUUAACAUUCAGAAGCCACGAAAGCCUCAUUUUGAAAAACAACUACUAUUAGAUUUAUCUAAACCCUUUUUCGGUCCUCGCAAAAAUACAUUACCCGAAAUAUCGCUCUGCGAAAAGGGUAAAAAGGAAUGGGCCAAAAUAGAGAUCGACAAUCCUUUCGAAAGGAUUUUGGCCAGGGAAUGUCUGGAGUGGUUCAAUACUUCCAAGAUGGUAGUAUUUAUUCAUGUGAAUUCUAUAAGCAUGGAAGAGAAGACACCUGUGUAUGCUGCAUUGAAAAAGAACAAUAUGCAUUUAAGGACGUAUGGAAAAAAAAUUGUGAAAAUGGCUACAACUGGAACUCGCUAUGAAGCUGUGAAUCAUCUUUUUACAUCACAUCAGAACGUAAUUUUUGGACAGCCAGAAAAUUCAGCAAAAAUGUUUAACAUUCUCAAAAAGGCACCUCAGUUGAUUGUAAUGGGUGGAAUAAUCCAAGAUAAGCUUUUGUCAAAGAAUGAGCUGGUUGAGUUUAGUAAGUUACCUAAUCUCGAAGUAGCGAGAAGCCAACUCUGCUCGAUACUCCAAAGUGCUGGGUCCAGUAUUGUUGGACAACUUAAUCAGAGUCAGCAGAUGCUCGUUGGCCAUCUUGAAAAACAUGUGGAAAUACAGAACAGUUCAAAAGCUGAUAGUUCUCCUAGCCAAGACAAUGCAGAAGAUAGCCCCGCAAGCUGAAGUAGAUGGUUAUAGAUUACUUUAUACUACAUAAAUACCAAUGGUUAGUUUAUUGUUGUAAUAUAUUAUUAAAAUAUA